UGACAAAUUGUGUGUUCUAUUUUGCCUUGAACUUGUGAAAAUUUUAACCGAAACCAUGGCCAACGUGGGAAUACAAUUUUUUGCAAUAGUUUGCAUUUUAUCUUUCGACCCAGCUUUCGGUGCACUUUUUGGACCAACUCCGUUCUGGAAUGAUUUGAAAACAACUUUUGCGAUUGACGGAUUCGUCCCAAUCUACCAAGGAAAAGGGUACAAUCCUCUCCCGAGGAGUAAAACAGUUGCGGAAAAACAGGGCUGGAUUUCUGCCAGUCCAAACUGCGAAAAUGAUGGACAAUUUGCCGGAUUUCGCUACAUUAAUGCAGCCGAUCCAACCAAACCGGAUACAACUGUGUCCCCAUUGAUGGACAGGAAUGGAAUUAUUGCUGGCAUUCAGAUGAACAUCAAAGUUUCCGAAGCCAAGGCGAAUCCCAACAACACUUAUAAAUUUGACGAAAUUGCUAUGUUCUAUCGAAACACGAUCGCUGGUGAUGACGUUUAUACGCUGACGGCUUACUUUGUGGAUCCCAGCACGAUUUGUUCCCAAGGCCGUACUUCCAGCCAAUUCACUUCGGACGGAACCGGAACCCAGCUCUACUUCCAGAAUGGUCCAGACCCCUCAAACCUCAUCGUUGUUCCGAAUGACCGCACCCAAGCUCUGACCGAGGGCUGGAGUGACAACAAGUGCUUCGUCGGCAUGGGCGUCCACAACUGGUUCCAACAGGAAAAGUUUCAAGAAACGAAUUGCAACUACCUCCGCCCGGCAUUCCUCCUGUACAACGUGAGAAAUAAACUUAUCGGGUUUGGAUUCCAACAUGUUGGCAAAUCUGUCUCGACAAGGGUCGAAUAUCCGCCCGCAACAGUUGUAAAGAUGAUUGUCGGUGAUAAGUGUUCCCAGUGCUUGCUCGAUUUAGCAGCCCACGGUGGGAUUGGUGUCACAACGAUGCACGUUUUUAUGAUUGGAAGCCCACAAUUUCAAAAUUGUAUCAUUUAAGGAUGACCUGUGAAAUAUUUGAUUAUCAUAUUUUCUGCGUAAAAUUAAAAAAAAUAUUGAAAGCUUAUAAUAAUAAUCACAACAAGACCACUUCCUUGUUCGAAUCGACUCACAAUUAUUUAAAAUUAAAAUAAAGUCUUACGAAAUCCAUAUGGUUUUUCGAACCAAA